AUGGGUUUGCGCGUAGAACUAAUCGAGCAAAGCGGACUUGGAGGAUUCCUCGGAAAUGGUAGUCAAGGAAAAGAGGAAAUCAAGAACAUACACCGAUAUGAUGGUGACACUAAACACCAGGAAGAAAUAGCUGAGGACUCCACCAUAGAACCAGCGAGGAGACUACACCGUAUCUUUAAAAAGGAAUUCUUACGAAGUCACUCUUGGUUUGAUCAUCCGAAACCUGAGGCCUAUAGACAUCGGGAGGUAUUACUGUUGUUUGACAAAUGAGAAAGGAAUGGCUAGUGCAACUAUAUAUCUGUAUGAGAUAAAACCAGAAACCUCCACUACACAAAGAACAACAACAGUCAAAAUAACAAAACCCACAACGAAAUUUCCUAGGAUGAAAACCACGCAGAUAACUCAGAUCACUUCUACAUACUUUGGUGACACUAAUGAGAUAUCAGAAUUAGCCGUCGAAGCAGAAAGACGGAGCGGUGGAUCAGGUACCCACUUUAUAUCUCCCGGGCUGGGAACAAUCUUCCUUUCCUUCAUGGGCCAUCUCAUCAGGUGACAUUAAAUAUGUCCCAGACAAUAAGCCGCUCAUGUAUGGGCAGCGAUAUUCACUAAACCGUCUUCAUGGGUUUGAUACUUGAGUUAAUUUAGUUCGUAAGUGUUGUCUAAAAAAAAAAUGAAAAUUUGUAUUUGUAUAUGUAUCAAUUUGUAUUGUAUGUAUAUAUAUUUAUACUCACAUUUGUUGAAAAUGCAAUGAUAAUACCAACAUUGAGUUACCAUUGAUUAUUGACGUAUCCAAUUUAUAUUUAACUUUAAGAGCUUUUAACCUUUACAUAUUAAUAAAUGCUCACAAAUGGAAGUGAACCACUUAUGAUUUUUAAAAAUUCUAUUACGACUAAUUUUCAAACUUGUUUUAAUGGCUAUUGAUUUGUCUAAAAACAUUAUUUAUUAAAUAGACUUAUUCAGGUUAUUGGGUUAUUAAGGAAAAAUCUUAACGAGUGUUAAAAGCUUCUAUCUAUUUAUUGAUUAUCAAGAAACAUUCCAAUUUCGGAGCACUUCUACAUAGAAUUCAGUUCAUUGUUUCAUACUGCAUGUGAGGUUUAAAAUUUAAAUUAGUGGCAAAGAAGCUCAUUCCCCAAUUGAUGUAUGGUGUUUGUUGCGAUUUCUUUUUAACAUGUUAAAACGUAAAUACGUUCGCUUGGAUUCAUGUCGAAGCACCCCUGUUCGUGUUCUCAAUCUGAAACAAUACCAGCUGAAUUUUUCGAUUACUCUAUAUUUCUAUACCAGACCAUUAUUGAAUCUUUUCUAAACAGCUCUAAAACCAGUCAAACACUCCAUUAAAUCACUAGUUUUGCUCAUCCCAUAUCUAAAACAUGGAUCAUGACAAGAGACCGGAUAUUCGUGCCGUGAAAACCCCGAAAAUUGGAAAAUUGCGUACAUAACAUGCAAAAAUCAUAAUUUUUGUUUAAUUUAUAAUAUUAUUAUUUGUUUACCUCUAUGUUAAGAAUUAUAUCAUAUAAAUUGAAAUUAGGUAUAACGUGUAGUAACCUGAGAAAAGUCUAAUUCUAUGUUAAAAUGAACUACGAUUAACAUAUAUCUGUAUGAAAGAAAAACAGCAUACAAAACAUUAAUCACAUAAUUUAAAAAAAACGUGGAUAUUUGAACUGAUGCUUGAUUUUCCAGGUGUAGAUCAAUUUAAAUUUUUAAAAAAAUAGAUGUUGAGUUAAGCUCCUUACUUCUGUUAAUAUGCACAGUUCCUUGAGUAAUCCGGGGGCGUUUUAUCAAAGAACAUUCAACCAAACGAUAACACGUUUUUUACAAAUAAUUUCAUACUAGUUGGUUAGUAAAAUAUGUUUUGGAAGAUGUAGACAUGUUUUGGAACUGCUUACAACAGUACCGUGAGGAUGAUACGCUUUGUAGGUGAGAUGAGAUUUACAACUGUAAAAAUUAAAAAUACAUCCAGUAAAUGUGCACAAGAUAAUAAUACAAUCACAUGAAAAUGCUUGUUGAGAAAGUGCUCAUUAGUAGCACUCUAAUAAUAUAUUUACAUAUGUUGAUCUCGAGGCCAUCUUCUUUUCAGACGCCUUGGAGGGUUAUAAGGUAUGGAAGAGGAAGCAAGGUUUGGAGCAAGAGGAUUCGGAUGAUUUUGAAGCUUUUUAUGGAAGGAUAGUUAUCUGGAUUGGGAUAAGUCGGAAACAUAUGGUACGUUAAGGUCGUUAUGAAUGAUUUUAUUUGUGACAAAGUAAGGAGCAUUGAGGAUUUUACGAAGGAUUUUGAAUUGUAAGGAUUGGAGACGAGAGGAAUUUGAUGGUUUAGUAGAGCCCCAAAGCUCAAAUCCGUAAGUCCAGAUUGGCCUUAAUAUAGUCAUGUAUAUGAGUCUUUUGUAAUAUAUUGAAAGUUUAGAGCGAUUGGAGAGUAAGUGCUGUUAGUCGAAAACGUCGAUCAGUUUCUUGUCGUUUCAGUCUUGUAUGAGGAUUCCAAGUGAGUCGUUUGGCCAGGUGGAGUUCUCGGUAACGGAUUUGUUCAACUGGGAUAAGUGGGGAAUUGUUAAAGGAUCCUGUAGGACAGGAGGUCAUGCAUUAAGUUAUAUUAUUAAAUAUGUUUUCCCCAAUUAUUAUAUUAUUUAUAAUAUAAAAUGUGCGUACUUGGAUAAUAAUUGUAUUACCUCUAUCAAACAAUAAGAGUCUAAAAUAUCUUUUCGUCCCAGAAACAUAACUUGAAAAUGUUAUUUUGAAUAAAAAAAAAUUAAGAACAAAGAAUUUAAAAGCUAUUUCCGUCCUUAUGCAGCCCAUAGGUUGGACACACUUGUUCUUAACUACAAAUCUAAUAUAAUAUACAGGGUGUUUCGUAAUUGCACGGCACUAUAUUAGUUAUGUGUUCAUUAACACAAAAUGAACAAAAAAGUUCAUAUUAACAAACAUAUAAUCAAUGUAAAUAAAUAUUUACAUAUAUGCCUAUGUACAUGUUAUAAAGGAAAUUCGGUUCAUGUAUUUUACUAUAUACUGUUAAAAUUGUAUAUUUUUAAAAGCUCCAAAACGUUCAAUUAGGCCUGAAAACGCCAAAACGUGCAAAAUGAAAUUUAAAUAUGUUAUUCUACAGAUCGUGAAACGGAACGUGUUUGAAGUUAUUACACCAAAGCGAACAAAAUGUGCAAAAACAAGAAAAUCCGCUCUCUAAUCAUGAAAUAUUUGAUUCAUCAUUACAAGAACGGUUCCAAUUCUCAGCAGUACGAUUAAAAUAUCAACAAAGAGAAGUGGUGCUAUCUGUUGUUUUAGUAAAGAAACCAUAAUCACUGAUCUUGCCCUCAAACCAUCUUCAUGGACGCGGUUUCUAACAGUUGAAAUUUAGACCCCAAUUACGUCUUUAGAGCGCUUGUCUAUGUAACCAUUUUGCCUAUUUGAGUUGUUAAAAAUCGGUUCCACUAAAGGGUUGCUUGUCGAACAGUGCCUCCCCAUGAGCAGUAUUUUUUUUUUUCUUUUCUCCUCUUCUUCGGCUUUUCUGCUAUACGGGAUUUUCCCUGGGCCAAAGCAGAAGGUAUGCGGAUCAAUAUGAUUUAGUUAAACGCCACUGACACCGAGACUCAAACUCGUAAUCUUGACAUUAUCAGAUUAUCAGUAGGUUCUCUGGUAUCAUGAUUAAGGCUCUCCUAAUAACUGUUUUUAAAUUCCUUCACUCUAAUACAUUAUUUGAUUCUCACAAGUAAAUCUUCGUAAAGGCAAUUUGAAAAAACUCUCUGGUGGACCGACUUCAUUCAAUCAAACUCUCAGUGCUAAUAAUAACUUCGAUUAAAGCCUAAUCAUAACGGUAUUACUUCAAGACUCCAGAGAAUCUAGAUAAAUGGUAAGAAAAAAAUGUUUAAGGUAUUCUCAAUCCCCAUUCAGCCAGUACUUGCUUAAAUAUGUCCUAUGAAAGUGUUGUCUCUUUGUUACCAAUUAAAAAUAAUAAAAGCUAUAAUUAUUAAGAAGAUUGUUUAUUAAGUGGUAACACACAAACAGUACUUAAAAUUACUCAAACGAGAUUCAUCGAAAAGAAGAUUAUUUGAAUCCAGCUUUAGUUGGCUGUACUUUUGGCUAAGUUCUUAUUUUAAAAAAAACUCCAUGAAUUAUUAGCGAUUUCUUUUUAAUCUGGUUCCUACUGAAAUACUGGUACCCCGAUUUUUGAAAAAAAUUAAAGAUUUAAUAAUCUUUUUCGAAGUCGACAUCGGUUAUCUUAAUGUUUAUUUUAAAAUAAACUGGGAUUACGCGCCAGUUUUGUAAAAAAAAGUUACGCUAUGUGAAAUCUUGUUUACUUAAAUCUUAAGUACUACUAUGUUUUCAAAUAUAAUUACAAUAAAUCAUUAAUUCAUUUUUAACUGUAAGCUGAGAUAUUUUGAACUAAAACAUAUUUCAUUUCUGUUGUUUUGUUUGUUUUUUAUUUUUUGUCAAAAAAUAAAUAUCGCCUAAAGUGCACCAGUGCUUUUUGCAACAUUGACAACUAGUUGAUCUUAACGUAUGAAUAUGAAUGAACGUAUGAAAAUAACGUAUGAAAGUUCAGUACUACAAAAUAAAAAUUAAUUAAAAUAGUAUAAGAAUACUACAUUCCACUAUGACUUGCGGGUUAAUGGUGACUUACUUAAAUAGCAAAACUCGUUAAUUAUCAAUAGCUUGAAGUAAGAUGCAUUAACUGCUAAAUAGUUUACAUCCUUUUUAAGGCCAUUAGCAGUAAUAAAGUAUUUAAAACACCUGAGAAUCCAUUACUGGUCAUGCUUUUAGACACAGACCACCUGAAAGAACCUCACGCAAUAUCGAAUGCAUUGUUAGGACAUUUAUAACUGAAAAUACAUUUAAAAAGUUUAUGUUCCAUACAUUUAUUAAAAAAAUUAUAACAUUGUGAAGACAAAUAUUCUAUAAGCUCCUAAGCCAAUGGUAAAAAAUAAUUAAAUAAUCGCUGAAACUAUUAGGAAUCCUAUUUAAAAGAAAAAAAUUGUACACUGUAUGAUUUUUUUCAUAUAUAUGUAAUUUUAAUGAGGCCAAAGGAAAUAAUCUUAAGUUUUGUCGAAAGUGACAUCCACGGGAAUAAGACCUGAAUAAUAUUAAAGACCACUUAAUUAUAGAAUGAUACACCGAGUUUAAUCAAAAUCGUCAAACCCAUUUUUGAGAAUAUUUUAAAAAUGUGUUUCACCGUUGAUAUAAAGUGGCACUUCCGGUUAUCCGAUUUUAAGGAAAAACUUUUCAUAACAUCUAAGUCAUAUACCUAUUUUAAAUAUGUAAUAUCAGUUUCGUACGACUUUCCGUUUUAGAGCUAUACUGUUCAUACACACACAGACCAUUUUGGACUUGAUUAUUUGAACUCAGGGAAACUCAGAUCCGAAAAUUUUCACGGUCGCAAUACUUUCCCUUAACCCUUAAUAUGCAUCACAUAUAAAGAUAAGUGAAAGUGAAAUAUGAAAUGUAGAAUGCUAAAUUAAAUUAUCGAAAAAUUAAGAAUUCCUAUAUUAGAACAAUUUUCACACAAAUUCAGCUUUCUAGAGUUUGUAUAAAGGCUUUUGACGUUAACAAUAAAGAUUGAAGUGGAUCACAAAGUAUUGAAAUAUGAAAAAUAAGAUAGUAUUAUUCAGAGGACAAAAAACGUCAACACAACAUAUUGGUUCCUUGGCUUGUUUUUAAUUAAAAAUAAUGCUAAUUUAAAAUAUAUUAGGUCUACAGUGUCUGCAAAGUUAAAUCAGUUCACAAUUAAGAAGAUAAAAACACUUUUAAAUUAAAAUAUUUAAGAUUUUUAAUAAACAUUUGGUUUGUUAAAAGACAUUUUCUUAUCAUUGUAUUCAUACCAGAAUCCUCAUACCAGAAUGCUCAUGAGUAGAAUGUUUACAAAAGAGUAGAAAAAGUAAUUACUCCUAUAAAUUACAUGUACUCUUAUAAAUGUGAUAGAGAAAAAUAAAUUUACUCCAACUUUCCUAAAAUUCCUGAAAAACGUUUAGUUUAGAUUUUUCUGUUAUUUAAAAUUUGAUAUUUGUCCAGAAAUAAAAGUCUUAUCCAGUUUAUAUAGAGUUUUCUCAUAUUUCCUAUUCCAUAAUUAGAAUAGGGAUAUUUUUCACUAUUGGAAGGGCUGGCCUCAUUAUAAAAUAUUGUGGGAGGAUGAAGACAAUGCCUUUCAAUCCCACACCGUCCUGCUACUACCUACCCAACACCCAACCUAGUCUUCUUUUCUCCUGUUAUGAUCCAAGAGCAAACAUGUAAUCAUUAGCUAAUGAUUUAUGCAAAUAUUGACGAUGUUUAUUACAUCACAUUAAUUGUCGAUAUUCAUAUGAGGUGGAAACGUUUUUUUUUUUAAUUAGAAAAAACAAACAAAACUGUAUAGAAUAAAAAAUAACAGCAAGUAAAAGUUUUGAAUAGCAUGUCACCUUAUUAUUUUGUUAUUGUUCCUUGUUAUUUUGUUACUGCACCUUGUUAUUUUGUACUGCUCAUCCAUUCCAUGGUUCGUUCAUGAUGUUUGGUGGGAUUUAAUAAUAAAUAACUAGCUCAUUAAAGCUAAUAGUAAUUUGCCAAUCUCAGUGAUGAUCAUAUAAUCAAUAUUAUAAAAUAUAAACAAUGACCACUAACACUCAUGUCAGUUGAGGAAUUAUUUUAGAAAUUUUUUUUUUAAAUUUGAUAUAGAAUGUAAUUCAUAAACAACACAUAUAAAAUUGGGAUUACAUUUUUCAAAUGGAAAAAAAAAAUUAUAUUUCAUAAAAUCUCUACCUUUGAAAGAAAUUAUACUGAUAUUGUCUUACUUUAUGGAUCAUACAACCUUGGGAAGGUCCAGUACACCUAAUCCAGUAUUUAUUUAGUACAUAAAUAACACUUAAAGUUAAGAUAUUAAAAAAAAAAAGCAAGUAAUGUUUUUCAUUGCAAGUUUCAAUUACAGAUUUGUUUAAAAAUAGGAUCAAUUAAUCAAUUAGUUUAUGAUUUAUCUUUUUUAAUAAUAAUUUCAAAGAACAAGUAUUAAAGACAUCUUGAGAAAAACAACCUAACAGGAAUGUGAAUUUUGCAGUAUGAAAACAUAAAAUAUGAUUUCUAAGCUCAAGUAUCACUCCAUCAAUGUGCAUUGCUCAUUGUACAAUGUAAAAAGAAGUUAAAUGUUUAGAUUAGAUGAAAUUUAUGUUUAAAUGUAUUUUAUUUAAUAAAUAUAUGUAUUCAAUAUUACCUAACAUGCAAUAGGACAUUGAAAUUAGUUUAAAAAUAUGUGUAUGUAUCAUUUAAUCAUGCCAAAAAAUAUUGUAUACUCGUUGAUGUUAAUAGCAUGUAAGUCACUUCUAAAUUAAUCCAUGUAAUCAAUGAAUAUGUUACAGUUUAAACAGACAAAUAAAGUUUUUUUUUUUGCUACAAUCUAAAUUCAGCUAAAAUUUAAAUUACUAUGUGUAGGAGUUAGUAAUGUAUUGUUGCAUGAUCCAAGAUGUUAUUAUAUUAAAGGUGUGAUGGAUAUUCUUGUAGUAAUAUCAAUCUUUGUUUAUCAAUGGGUCAGGAAUAAUUAAAUUAUCAAAAAUAACUGAUGUUAAAUGGAGGAACUAUACCCCAUUUUCAGUUCAAUCAGUGUUAUUGUUAAUGGAAUGGAAUACAAUUUUGGUAAUAUAAUUAAGUAUGUAAAAUGUAAUUAUUUUUUUAAAAGUGAAUUUCACAAGUCUGUAUAGAAUUAAGAAUGGAAAUAUAAACGUUAUUUGUAAAUAGGCUUAAUAUUUGUUAUCUCUUAUUUUGAAUAAAACAUAUUUCCUGUAAAUAAACUAUGUCAAU